UGCCAAACGGGAAGGGCCUCAAACCAAGGGCAGCAGAAGUAGUGAGUGAAGUGAAGGAGACCAAGACUUUGGGUGAGAAGAGGACAUCAGGAGCAAAGCCUAGGAAGGGCAACGUGAUUGUCCAAGUUGUUCACCAUGACAUUUGCGGAUAUUCUGGAUAACUUAGGGGGCAUGGGCCGCUUCCAGAGGCUCAUGGUGGCCUUCCUCGCCCUCCCCUUGACCAUGUUGGCCAGCCAUAACCUUCUCCAGAACUUCACGGCAGGGAUCCCUGUGCAUCACUGCCAGGUCCGCAUCAUGGCCAACUACACACGCCAUGCCAACAACGUCACCAAGGAAAUGGGUGCCGAAGGACUUCUGCGAAUCUCCAUCCCGAUGGGCAAGGACCAGAAAGCGGAGAAGUGUCGUCGGUUCGUCACGACUCAAUGGCGGCUUCUCGACCCCAACGCAACGCUACCCAACGACACCAUGGUGGACACCGAGCCAUGCGCCGAUGGGUGGACCUAUGACCGGAGCAUGUUUCCCAGCACCAUUGUCAGUGAGUGGGAUUUAGUGUGUGAUGCCCGGACCCUGCGGCAAAUGGCUCAGUCCCUCUACAUGGCCGGAGUGCUGAUCGGAUCCUUGAUCAUUGGUUUCCUCUCAGACAGGUUCGGGAGGAAGUCGCUCAUCGUGUGGUGCUACCUGCAGAUGGGGGUCGCGGGGGCCGGCACGGCUUUCGCCCCGAACUUCACCGCAUACUGCGCCCUUCGCUUCCUGUGCGGAAUGGCCAUGUCGGGAAUCUCGCUCAACUCCGUCUCGCUCUGCAUGGAAUGGAUCCCAACGAAAUACCGUGCCAUUGUCGGCACCAUCAAUGGCUACUGCUACACCACGGGGCAAUUCAUCCUGGCCGGCGUGGCCUACGUCAUCCCCGACUGGCGGUGGCUGCAACUGGCCGUCUCCUUGCCGUUCUUCGUCUUUUUCCUCUACUCCUGGCUGUUUGUGGAGUCCGCACGGUGGCUGGCCAUUUCCGGGAAAGAGGAGCGGGCAGUGAAAGGCCUAAAGACCGCCGCCUGGGUCAACGGGAGGAAGCAGGAAGGAGACAAACUCAGCCUGGAGGUCCUGAAGUCCAGCAUGCAGAAGGAGAUGUCCUCCAACAAGUCCAGUCACACUAUGGCUGACCUGGUGCGGACACCCGCUGUCCGCAAAAUCUCCUGCGGGGUGUCCUUUCUCUGGUUUGCGACCAGCUUCUCUUACUACGGCCUGGCCAUGGACCUGCAGAACUUUGGCUUCGACAUCUACCUGACCCAGCUGGCGUUUGGGGCUGUCGACAUCCCAGCCAAGUUCAUUUCGGUGAUGACCAUCACUUUUGUGGGCCGGCGGUUCUCCCAGUCCGCUUCUCUGAUCCUGGCCGGGUUGUGCAUCUUGGCCAACAUUUUCGUGCCGCAAGACCUGAGCAACCUACGCAUGGCCUUUGCGGUGACCGGGAAAGGCUCCUUGGCCGCCUCCUUCAACUGCGCCUAUAUUUUCUCCGGUGAACUUUUCCCAACGGUGAUCAGGCAGUCGGGGAUGGGCCUGGGGGGCACGAUGGCCCGCGUGGGCAGCAUGAUUGCCCCUCUGGUCAAGAUGACCGGGGAAUUUUACCCGCCGUUGCCCCUCAUCAUCUACGGAGCCGCGCCGAUCAUUUCGGGCACCGUCACCUGCUUCCUUCCGGAGACUCGGAACGUCCCUUUGCCGGAGACCAUCGAACAAGUGGAGAGACAGUCGAGGCCCAGUCGAGAGGACGAGCAGCAGAUGAAGGUGCUCCUUGACCCCCCAAAGCCGGACCCCAGCCCAAAAAACAGCUGAAACACAGGCGGAAACACAGCUUUUGGGGUCCCUUCGAACUCGGCCCAUUCACUGAACUCCCUUCAGGCUUAAUCAGCUCCUUCUCCAAAGUCACAAACAGGAUGUCACUCCAAAAGAAGACCACUGAUUGUGCUGCUUCGCCGGAAACUUGCCAAUACUAAUUUAUUUCAAUUAGCAGAGGAAAUCUUAGAGGGAGGCCAAGGAAUUGCUGAAGUUGGCAAAAAGUUAUAUGCACAUUUGUUAUUAUUCUAUGGCCAUGCUGUUUACAACCCAUUGUAUGUUUUUGUUGUACUUUGCCAAUAAAGUUUAACGUUCUAUGGAAUCUA